AUGAUCAGAUGGGCUGCUGGAGGGAGUAAGGCUGCCUCUGCCUCGUCCUGCUCCAGGGCUGGGCUAGGGGCUCGUUCUGGUUCGGAAACCAUCCCCAGACUAAGGUCAACAUCAACACUGCUUCCCUCCCUGUCUUUGCCUCUCCUAGUUGCCCUGGUGGUUUUUUCCCUCUCCCUUCCCGGGGCGGCCUGCCAUCACCUCCGCAGGGACAAACCAAGACUCGCCAACCCACGAACUCUCAGGGUUCCACUGAACAUUUCAGAGGCCGAGGUUGUCUCAAGGCCCAGGGCCACUGGGGGCCCCCUGGGUCGGACUGGGGGGCCACAGGGUAGGCAUGUGCGCAGCUACAAUCAUCUCCAAGGGGACAUGCGGAGGAGGAAGCUGUUCUCUUUCCAGAAGUUUUUCCUGAGGAUCGAUAGGAACGGAAAGGUCAAUGGAACGAAGAGCAAAGAUGACCCCCUCAGUAUUCUGGAGAUCACAUCGGUGGACGUGGGAGUGGUGGCCAUCAAAGGGCUGAACAGCAACUACUAUCUGGCUAUCAGCAGGAAGGGAGAGGUGUACGGAGCGAGAGAGUUCGGUGUCGACUGCACCCUGAAGGAGCGGAUUGAGGAGAACGGCUACAACACGUACGCGUCAGCUGAGUGGAAGAACAAGAAGCGGCAGAUGUUUGUGGGCCUGAAUGUCCACGGGAAGCCGCUGAGAGGGAAGAAAACCCGCAGGAAGAACACGGCCACCCACUUCCUUCCAAUUAUGGUGUGAGCUGGAGGACUUGAGCGGAGGAGGAGGAUAUGCAGCACUGGACAGAGAGGUUUUCAAUACUGAAAAAAAGCUGUAAAAUAAAGACAAUCACUGAGAAAUCUCUCAUUUGGAAACAAGGCACUAACACUGUUACACACAAAUAUGGUCUCUGCCCCUGACUUUGACUGAGAUCAUGUACUUUAUUUGGUGGGAGACGAUGAUUUCUGUGUUUUCUGUGGCACGGGAUGCAAUAUUUAUCCUUUUUUUCUGUGCCAAACACUUUGCAACUGGAGUAUGUGUGUGAUGUGGACAACACAGGAGAUACUGUCCCAGCUAAUGUACUGCGGUAGAUGCAGAAGAUGUUAUUUAUAAUCCAUAUGGUCCUGUGAGACACCAGAUAAUCUGCAACAUAAUGGGGAGAGGUAGAGAAUUGAUAAGAUGAGGGAAAUGAUCAGUCAGUGUAUCAUGACAGCGUUAAAUAAUAGAGGAUACACCACAUUUAAAGCAAAUGUUUGAUACUUAACCACUGUGUUUUGACUGUAUUGUAAUGAUUUAUUUAUUUUGUGAAAUAUUUAACUGGAGGGGAACACUUACACGGCAAGCAUUCCUUUGCAUUCUUUACUUUUUAUA